AGCCCACGUUGCUGCUUAGAUUGAAAUGCAGACCUCAAGCCUCUUUCACCGGGGCACAGACUUCCUUUUACUUCUUCCUUUUGCACUCUCGCCUCCUCCUCCUGGGAAGAAGCGGAGGCGCCGGCGGCCCGGGGUAGCAACAGGCCGGGCCAUUGAGGCCGUGCGGAAAGUUUCUGUCUGGUUGUGCGGAACUGGGGCCGGGUUGGUGUACUGCUCGGAGCAAUGGAGCCAGCUUUCGGGGAGGUGAACCAGCUGGGAGGAGUGUUUGUGAACGGGAGGCCGCUGCCCAACGCCAUCCGGCUUCGCAUCGUGGAACUGGCCCAACUGGGCAUCCGACCGUGUGACAUCAGCCGCCAGCUACGGGUCUCGCACGGCUGUGUCAGCAAGAUCCUGGCGCGCUACAACGAGACAGGCUCGAUCUUGCCAGGAGCCAUCGGGGGCAGCAAGCCCCGGGUCACUACCCCCACCGUGGUGAAACACAUCCGGACCUACAAGCAGAGGGACCCUGGCAUCUUCGCCUGGGAGAUCCGGGACCGCUUGCUGGCGGACGGCGUGUGCGACAAGUACAACGUGCCCUCCGUGAGCUCCAUCAGCCGCAUUCUGCGCAACAAGAUCGGCAACUUGGCCCAGCAGGGUCAUUACGACUCAUACAAGCAGCACCAGCCGGCACCGCAGCCAGCGCUGCCCUACAACCACAUCUACUCAUACCCCAGCCCUAUCACGGCAGCGGCCGCCAAGGUGCCCACACCACCUGGGGUGCCUGCCAUUCCCGGUUCGGUGGCCAUGCCGCGCACCUGGCCCUCCUCGCACUCAGUCACUGACAUCCUGGGCAUCCGCUCCAUCACCGACCAAGCAGUGAGCGACAGCUCCCCCUACCACAGCCCCAAGGUGGAGGAGUGGAGCAGCCUGGGCCGCAACAACUUCCCCGCCGCCGCCCCGCACGCGGUGAACGGGCUGGAGAAGGGAGCCCUGGAGCAGGAAACCAAGUACGGUCAGGCACCAAAUGGUCUCCCAGCUGUGGGCAGUUUUGUGUCAGCGUCCAGCAUGGCUCCUUACCCUACCCCGGCCCAAGUGUCGCCUUACAUGACCUACAGCGCUGCUCCUUCUGGUUACGUUGCUGGACAUGGGUGGCAACAUGCUGGCAGCACCCCACUGUCUCCCCACAACUGUGACAUUCCCGCAUCGCUGGCAUUCAAGGGAAUGCAGGCAGCCAGAGAGGGUAGUCAUUCUGUCACGGCUUCCGCACUCUGAUGGGAAAUUCCGUCUCCAGCAGCUUCACCCGGGUCUCCCCAUCUCAGCACCUCCCCCGAUUCCCAGGCCUCACGUCUCACCCCUCCUGCCCUCCAACCCUCCUGUCUUGAAAGCUGGCUGUACGGACUCAGAUCCUUUGUGCUGAUGACACUUACAUAUUUCUUGCCAUAACUUUUCUCUUGCAGAAAAGCUGACAUGACUUUAGGAUUUAAAAACAAGAGCAACAAUAAGCAUUGAAUAAGGCAUUUGUGUUGCCUGUAUACAGUCUUAACACAGCGAAGAGACCUACACCCCUCAAAGGGUUUAAGGAACUUUUAAAACUAGUCUUUGGUAAAACCACACGUGUGUAUAUUUAUUCUAAAUCAACCUGAACUUUUGAAAUGUGCAAUUGUUGAGAUUUUGCAAAAUCAAUAAAGGAAAAUACUUAUAGAAAAAAAUUAUUCUACACCCUCUAAUCAAAUAUGGUAACCAAGUAAGCUUUAAUUCAUCAUUA